AUGAUAUCGCUAGGCAUAGCGAUAUAUUUUUUAACUAGUACUAUAUUGAUGACUUUUAAAAUUAUAAAAAUUUUGUUUUGUAUUGUGAGAUUUUUAGUACGAGGAAAAUUUCGUUGUAUUCGAUGGGUUGGAAAAAUAAUAAUAAAAUAUAGAAAUAACAUAAACAAAAGAGAAAAGAGUAAAGAGAAAUAUGAGAUCAUUCCGCCAAAAAUUAAAAACUCAAAAUUACCCAUGAAAAUUAUAGUAACAAUUAUUGUGUUUUCUCUGAUUAAAAGUGUAGAAAGUUUGACAACAAUAACCGCUAAAGAGGAAAAAUGUACAGUAAAUCGCCAAGGGGAGAGAACUUGCUUAUUCGAGGAUAUUUUAGAGUUAAAUUUAAAUCCCCAUGAACAAACUGUAAAAAUUUUAUUGAAUGAUCACAUGGGGAAAUUAGCAGGUACAAUAGACUUAGAAGUUCACUACACAGAAAUGAUUUGUACAAAAGUUAUAAAAUUUUAUACGAGAACUUGGAAAAUAGGAUCGAUGUCUGUCAAACGAUGUUACUCGGAGGGGAGUUGUAGUGAGAACAAGUGUAGCCAAAUAAAAGCUAAUGAGAAAAUUGAAGAAUUAAAGGAUGUGAAUAAAUUUCCAGGUAUAUCUCAAUGUGUAGAGUCAGACGGGGGUUGGUUCCAGGGGUGUUUCUAUACAUUACCAGCAUAUAAAUGAA